UUCGAUGGAGGAGGUUGCGUAUUUUAGUUUUCGUUGCAUAAAAAAAUGAAUAACUUAUAAAUAAAUAGUGAAAAAAUAUAAAAAUAUGUUUAAAAUACAUAAUUAAUAAAAAAUAUAUUUACUAAAUUAAUAAUUCAAUAAAAAAAAGCGUAAAAUAAAUGGUUUUUUAUUUUUUUUUUAAAUUUAAUAAAGCCUCCAACAUCGUUUUGGUCGUCGCGGACCAACCCGUCUCGGUUUAUCGAUGUGUGUAAAGAAGUCAAGAAGGGAUAAAAAAAAGUUUUUUUUGUAGUGAUUUUUUCAUGUUUUCCCUUCACUUUCGUGUAAAAAAAUAUUAAAAUCAAUAAAAAAUUAAAUGAAAUUUAUGAAAAGAAUUUUAAAAAUGGUAAUUUAAUAUAACAAAUAACCUUAAAUUAAUAAUAUUCUGUAAUAAAGAAAUAUUUUUAUUAUAAAAAAAUAAGAAUAAAAGAAAAAAAGGAAUACAAUAUAAAAAUCUACAACUCCAAUCUAGGGGGUAAAAAAUUUACAUCCAUUUUGUGUAUGAAAAGUUUAAAAAUAUUUGAUAUAGGAAAAAUGUUUGAUUAAAAAUGUUUUUUCUUUUUUUUUUUAUAUUUCUGAAGUGAAAAUUUCUUAUGUGCAUUUUAAUAAAAUUAAAAUGGAAUAACAUAUUUAAAAAAAAAAUAAUACAAAAAUUUAUUAAAAUAAAUAAGUAAAAGAAAAAUAAAAAAAAUUAAUUUAAAAAAAAAUAAAAAUUUAAAUUCAUUUUCUAUAUAAGGUCUUCUGUGUUUUCUGGCUAAAAAAAAAUUUCAUUCUCAUAUAAUAAGUACAUACAUAAAUUAUCCAUACGUACAUAUAUACAUAUAUAUAUGUAUAUAUAAUUUUUUCUUUUGAUUUUUUUGUACUUUUAUUGUCUGGUUUUUUUUUAAUGCCACUUGACAUCUCCACCCGUUGAAAUUUCGCUAAAGAAAAUAAGCAUCCUUAUAAGGAAAUAUAUAAAAAUAUAAUAAAAGAAAAGAAAAAGCGAAAAAAAAAAUGGGUGCACAACAAGCAAAGGAUCGUUCAUCGUCUAGCAGUAAUCAAAAUACAACCACAUCAUGUAUUGGAUUAACCGGUGUUAGUAGUAGUAGUGGCGGUGGUAGUGGAGGUAGUGGAAGUGGUGGAAAUAGUAGUAGUUUGGUAUGUAAUGCAUUAGGAGCUGGUUCAACUUUACGUGCUAGUCGUAUUAAAUCUCGUGUACCAAAGGAUACUCGUGUUGCAGGAUCAAAUAUAUUUACAGAGCAUAGUGCCAAAAAUUUUAUCGUUUAUCAACGGGGACAACAGUUUGGAGAUUCCCCUAUCAGAAAUUCACCAGUUUCCCCAAAGGCUUUAUUACAAUCAAGACCUCUACCACAUAUACCACCUGGUGGAACCGCGGCAACAUUAAUAGAUGGUGAAAUAAUUGUACAGCCAGAUGGUUCAACAAUUUUAGUAGCACAUUCUGGUCUAAGUCAAAGUCAAACACAUGGAGGUGGUGGUGGUGGUGCUGGGCCACCUAGCUCAAAUACAUCCGGUUUUGAAUCAGCUCAUAGAUGGACAUCAAAAGAAAAUCUUUUACAGCCUGGACCAGAAGAAGAUGAUCCACAACUUUUCGUAGCAUUAUAUGAUUUUCAAGCCGGUGGUGAAAAUCAAUUAAGUUUAAAAAAAGGUGAACAAGUUAGAAUUUUAUCAUAUAAUAAGUCUGGUGAAUGGUGUGAAGCACAUUCAGAUACUGGAAAUGUUGGUUGGGUACCAUCGAAUUAUGUAACGCCAUUGAAUUCAUUAGAAAAACAUUCGUGGUAUCAUGGACCAAUAUCACGUAAUGCAGCUGAAUAUUUAUUAAGUUCAGGUAUUAAUGGUAGCUUUUUGGUAAGAGAAAGUGAAAGUUCACCAGGACAACGUAGUAUUAGUUUAAGAUAUGAAGGACGUGUUUAUCAUUAUCGAAUAUCAGAAGAUUCUGAUGGUAAAGUUUAUGUUACAGCUGAAGCUAAAUUUAAUACUCUUGCUGAAUUAGUACAUCAUCAUAGUGUUCAACAUGAAGGUCAUGGUUUAAUAACACCAUUAUUGUAUCCGGCACCUAAACAAAAUAAACCUACAGUAUUCCCAUUGAGUCCCGAACCGGAUGAAUGGGAAAUUUGUCGAACUGAUAUUGUUAUGAAACAUAAAUUAGGUGGUGGUCAAUAUGGUGAGGUGUACGAGGCCAUAUGGAAAAGGUAUGGAAAUACUGUGGCUGUGAAAACUCUCAAAGAAGAUACAAUGGCAUUAAAAGAUUUUCUAGAGGAAGCUGCUAUUAUGAAAGAAAUGAAACAUCCAAAUUUAGUUCAGCUUAUAGGUGUUUGUACAAGAGAACCACCAUUUUAUAUAAUUACUGAAUUUAUGAGCCAUGGAAAUUUAUUAGAUUUUUUACGUUCCGCUGGCCGUGAAACAUUGGAUGCUGUAGCCUUGCUUUAUAUGGCAACACAAAUAGCCUCUGGCAUGAGUUAUUUGGAAUCUCGUAAUUAUAUACAUAGAGAUUUGGCGGCUAGGAAUUGUUUAGUUGGUGAUAAUAAAUUAGUAAAAGUAGCAGAUUUUGGUUUAGCACGUUUAAUGCGCGAUGAUACAUAUACAGCACAUGCUGGCGCUAAAUUUCCAAUAAAAUGGACAGCACCCGAAGGUUUAGCCUACAAUAAAUUUAGUACGAAAUCUGAUGUAUGGGCAUUCGGUGUUUUAUUGUGGGAAAUUGCAACGUAUGGUAUGUCACCAUAUCCCGGAAUUGAUUUAUCCGAUGUUUUUCAUAAAUUGGAAAAAGGUUACCGUAUGGAAAGACCACCAGGUUGCCCACCAGAGGUAUAUGAUUUAAUGCGUCAGUGUUGGCAUUGGAAUGCACAAGAUAGACCAACAUUUAAGAGUAUUCAUCACGCUCUUGAGCAUAUGUUUCAGGAAUCUUCAAUUACUGAAGCUGUGGAAAAACAAUUAAACGCCAGUCAAUCAUUAACACCACAAAUGGGUAAGAAACCACAAGUGACAUCUCAACAUAGUCAUCAACAUGAUUCUCAAGGGAAUACGCCAUUAUCUGAAACGGGAUCAACUUCAACCAAAUUAAGUACAUUUACAAGUCAAGGAAAAGGUAAUGUUCAAAUGAGAAGAGUUAAUAAGCAAGGAAAACAAGCGCCAGCACCACCAAAGAGAACGAGCUUACUUUCAACGAGUCGUGAUUCAACAUAUCGUGAUGAUGAAACCAAAAAUAUAGAAGAAUCAAAUAAUCAAAAUGGUACAAUUAAAAAAUCAUCAUCUUGCAGUAGUUUUAUAAUCGAUAUUCUAUUUCGAGGUUUAACACGCGACAUUACAAAUUUUGCAAACCGUGGCGGCGGUGAGUCCGAAAAUGAUACGAAUGAAAUGACACCAGAUACAGACAAUGAAAGCUUAGAUCAAAAUAAAUUACAUUCAUUAGGAGGAGGACAUCACCAACAAAUUCAUCAGAUGCAGCAGCAACAACCGUCGCCACAGCAAAUUCAACAGCAGCAGCAACAUAAUAAAGUUCAACAUAGUUCUUUUAAAAGACCUACUCCAGUAAUGGGUAACCGUGGUUUGGAGAGCCGAAGUAGCAAAAGAUCUCAAGCACAUAAACAAAAUAAUGAAUUACCACCGCAUCCAAAUUCUAAUUGUAUUACUAAUAGCGGUAUGAAUAUUAAUGGUACUGGAAUGAUAACACCACCUUCAGGAUCAAAUCAAGUUACUGUUGGUGCAUUAGAAGUAAUGAAUGUAAAACGAGCAAUUAAUCGUUAUGGAACAUUACCGAAAGUUGCUCGAAUUGGAGCUUAUUUAGAAAGUUUAGAACAACAAGAUUCCACGUCACAAGUUCAUAAUAAUCAACAAAAUUUAUUACAACAUCAGGACAUGCCACCACCUCCACCUCCUAAUCAUCAAAUUAACGGUUGUGCUCUUAAUAGUACUGUUGUUAAUCUACAACGAAAUCCUAGCAAUACUAGUAAUUUAUCUUAUAAAUCCCAGCCACAAAUGAUUCGCAGUAACUCUUCAUCAGGCGUUACGAUGGCAAAUAAUGCAUCGGCUAGCUUAAACAAGCUUCAACGUCAUCGUACUGCAGCUGAUGGAUCAAUGAUGACAUUUUCAAGUUUUAGAGGAGCUCCUAGUGGAAGUAGCCCAAAAAGAACUGUACAACCUACAUUAGCCGAUUUGGAAUUUCCGCCGCCGCCUUUAGACUUACCACCACCACCAGAAGAAUUUGAUGUUCCAAGACCUGAAGCUCCACCGCCUAUCAUAGCUCCUAUACCUAUUCCACCACCACCAUUAAUGAUUAGCAAUAAUACAUCUCAGGUCAUUCCGCCAGUAAUGUCGACUGCACCUGCAGCAAUAAAUAAUAACGAUGUUUCGAAUACUGCACCAAGCGUAGAAGAAGCUAGCUCACGGUUUGGCGUGAGCUUAAGAAAACGUGAGCCAUCGACUGAUUCUUGUAGUUCAUUAGGUAGUCCAGCUGAAUCAAAAGAAAUAAAUGUAAAAGAAAAACUUGAAAUGAAGUUAUUAGCCGAAAUAAAAGAGCGAACAGGAGAAAACUUGAGAAGAGACUGCAAACAUGAAACAAAUAAAGAAAAUGGUAACCCAACUAGUGAUCCAGUUUCAAAAUUAGUCACAGAAUUAGCAGAACAAAUGAAUUUGCCAAAUGGAAAAGAUAAAGUAUUACAAAAUGGCAAAAAAAUUGGUGGGUCAUUAUCAAAACCUUUGAAUAAUGUCGUAGAUAACAAUCAAAGCACAAAUCAAUUUAAAGCUCAGUUAAAAAAAGUUGAACCAAAGAAAAUAGCUUCAAAUAAAAUGAGCCAAUCAAAUGAAUCUAUUCUUAAUAACGGAACUCCAACUGGUGGAAUUAUAGAUUUUAAAUCUCGUCUACGUAAAGUUGAUAACAAUAAUGAAAAAGAGCAUGAUACAAUAAGUUUAAGUCAAGAUACAGAAAAUAAAUUGAAUAAUCACGAUUUGACAAACAAUUUUGACAAAAGAUCAAAAAUAUCAAACAAUCUUAUUAUCGGUGGAGGAGAGUAUAAAAAGACUGAAAUAAAAAUUGAUUUAAUACCUGCUCAAACAAAUAACGAAGAUAAAAUAAAACGUGACCAUACAAUAGAUACAAAUAGUUUAACUAAAAAUAAUUAUAAUUCAAGUGGUAGUGGUGGCGCAAAUACUUCUGGCAGUGGUGGAGAUUCGGCCGAAGAAGAUAAUACAAAACGUCGCAGUACUGGCAGUAUUAGUAGUUUAAAGAAACUAUGGGAAGCAAAAGAAUCUUCUGGUAGUAAUGGUCAAACUGAUACAUCAUCAAAUAAUCAACAACAGCUUAGUCCAAAAAUGAAUACCAAACAAAAAUUUUCUAGUAACUCCGAUGAAAAUAUUGAAUCUUCAUCAAUUAUGUCUCAGUCAGCUAAUUUAGAAGAAAAUAAUUCGCAAAUAACAAAUAAAUUACAAAAUAAACCAGCAGUACCAUUAAAACCAACAAAAUUCUCAUCAAUAUAUGCAACACCAAUCGGACAAAAAAUUAAUAUAAAUGAAACAAAUUCAAAUACAACACCGAAUCAACAACAGCAACAACAGCAAAUACAACAACAGCAGCAACAAUCAAAUAAUACAAUACAAAUAAAUCGUGAAGGUAUAUUAGAAUUAGUUGGAUUAUUAGAAGGUAGUCUUAAAAUACCAGUUAAUUCAAUAUCAGCAUCACAAUGGCUUCAAUUAAGUGAUAAAUUAAAUAUUUUACAAAAUUCAUGUGUUGCAUUUGCUGACAAUGAAUCAAUGCCAUUACAUUCAAAAUUUCAAUUUCGUGAAUUAGUAACACGAGUUGAAACUCAAUCACGUUGUUUACGUUCAGCUGGUAGCAAAAAUGUUCAAGACAAUGAAAAAUUGGUUAUUGAAGUUGGUCAAUCGCUUAAACAAAUUUCAAAUGCUUUGCAUAGAUAAAUUAUUACAAAACAAAAAAAAAAAGACAAAAAAAAAUAUUUCAUUUUAAUUAUUAUAAUAUUGAAAACUAUUUAAAAAUAUUUUAACAAAAAAAAAAAAAAAUGUAUCAUAAAAUAUUCAAGCGUUGGUAAAAUUAUUAAAAAAAUUAUUUUUUUUUUUUACAAAAAUUUAAAAACAUCAUGUUCCUAAUUUUAUUUUCUUUUUCGUCAUUUUUAAGGAAAGAAAAUUUCAUUUUAAGUAAUUUUUAAAUUAAAAUUAACUAGUUUAGUAUUGGUAUUAUAUAAAUUACUUAUUAUAUUAAAUUUUUUAAUCAAAAUUUAUAUUUUGAGUACAAUUUUCGACAAAAACAAAAAAAAAAAAUUGAAUAAAACAAUCAAUGCAAGUUUAACUAAUUCGAAUCAACUUCAGACAGUAAUUUAAUUAAUUAUUUAAGUAAUAAAAUUUUCCAAAAUUUGAUAGUCAAUAACUUACUAAAAUAUUAUGUAUUACAUUUU